AUGUUGCAUUUCACACACAUCAAUGCACCUGAAGAUGUUGCCUUGCAAGAUCUAACAGAACAAGGAACUGUUGACCAAGCAAGUGACCACAGUAGUUAUGAGGAUUCUGAAGGUGAAGUAAACUCCCCAGGUGAAAGUGAAGAUGAUGAUAUCCUUGGUAAGAAACACAAGGUAAAUGUGCCAGUUACAACCGAAUGUACAGACUGGACUAAGUGGGAGUGGGUGCCUGGGACUAGAUUUGUUAGUAGAGAGGCUUUCAAGGCUGCAACUAAGUUGUAUGCAGUAGCAAAUGGUAGAGAUCUGAAAAUAUCUAUCAGUGAUAAGAAAAGGCAUGGUAGGAUAGGUGUGAGUUGCAGCAAAAAUUGUCCAUUUAAGGUGUAUGCUACAUCUUAUGAUAGGAAGGGUUGUUAUUUGGUUAGAACUGUUACCAGCACUCAUACUUCUAAGGAGAUUCAAGAUGCAGUUAAGGAGAAGUACAAGGUAAUUGUAAAUAAUUGGUUUGCUUAUAACACAAAGAGGAGUGCACACAGGAAGUUGCAUGGGUCAAUGAAAGAGCACUACUGUAAGAUGGGUUCUUAUCUUGAAGCAUUGAGGGUUGCCAACCCAGCAUCAACAUUUGAACUUCUAACGGUACCACCACAAUUUCAUGAUGAUUACACAUCAGACACUGAGGUAUUCUUCCGGUUAUUUGUAUGCUUUGAUGGGGUGAAGCAAGGUUUUCUAGCUGGAUGUAGAAGACUAUUGUGUUUAGAUGGCUGUUUUCUAAAAACCUUUCUUGGAGGCAUGUUAUUAGCAGCAAUAGGUAGAGAUGCUAAUGACCAAAUGUUCCCUCUUGCAUGGGCAAUGGUUGAAGGAGAGAAUACACUGAGUUGGACAUGGUUUAUGCAAGAAUUGAAGAAGUGCUUGGAUGUAACUGAUGAUGGUAAUGGAUGGACUCUAGUAUCUGAUCAACAAAAGGGGUUGCUGAAUGCUGUUGCAUCACAUUGGACAAAGGCUGAACAUCGAAAUUGUGCCAUGCAUAUAUAUGCAAACUGGCACAAGAAACACAAGGGUGAUGAAUUAAAGGAGGUAUUUUGGAAGGCAGUUAGAGCAUAUUGUGAACCAGAUUUCAAGGAUGCUAUAGAAGAAAUGAAAGAGUUGUUAACCGAAGCAAGUGAAGCAUUUAUUAAGCAGAACCCAAGGUACUUCUGUAGAUGCUAUCUAAGCACUGAUAUAAAGUCAGAUGUGGUGGUAAGCAACAUGGCAGAAACAUUCAAUGGGUUUAUCAUUAAGUCAAGGUCAAAGCAUAUCAUAAACAUGUUAGAAGAUAUUAGACUUGCAAUAAUGACAAGGUUGGCUAGGAAGAAAAUGAAGAUGUUGGCUAAGACUGUGACUGUUUGUCCUAGGAUUCAGCUGAAGCUUGAUAAGGAGAAGGAUAAGGCUUGGAGGUGUGAAGUGUUCCCAUCCAAUGCCACACUGUUUCAGGUGAAGGGAUUUGAUGAUGUGUCUGUGGAUAUAGAGAACAAGAGUUGUUCAUGUAGGAAGUGGGAUUUGACUGGGUUGCCAUGUUACCAUAUGUGUGCUGUUGCUAGUUUCUUGGGUAGGGAGGCUGAGGAAUUUGUUCAUGAAAGCUAUAAAAAGGAGAUGUACCUCAAAGCAUAUGACUACAUAAUACCUCCCUUACCAUCAGAGAAAUACUGGCCUGUAGUUGACCUUCCAUUGGACCCCCCACCUGUUAAAAUAGGCCCAGGAAGACCAAAGAAGAAUAGGAAAAAGGAUCCACAUGAAAAUCCAAAGAAACCAGGGAAGCUAACCAAGCAUGGUAUGACAAUGACUUGCAGUGGUUGUGGGAGCAAGGAACAUAACAAAAGGAGAUGUCCAGAAAAGGGUAAGGUAUUUAGUGAACCAAAAAGGGCAAGGGGAAGGGGUAGGCCUAGGAAAGAUGCGGCUGGUCAGGUCAGUACUCCUGUUGAUGUUGCUGGAACAAAAAGAGGCAAGGGUAGGGGAAGGCCAAGGAAAGUAACACCAAGUGAGCAUUCUACUCAGCAAUCUACUCUGUCCACUCAGCAGCCUAGUCAAGGAGUUGUUCACCUUGCAUGA